AUGAAUUCCAACAGUGAUAGCGAAUUAAGUGAACCGUUUCAAAGUUCGGGUAGUGAUUUUCAGCCAUCAGAGGAAAACGAAUCUAGUUCAUUUGAAGACAGUCAGCAAGAACAACGUCCUCAGAAUAAUGGGGAGAGGAAUGAAGAUAACAGCGUAGAAAAACGCGGCCGGAAGACAACAAGAAAUGUGGAAAAGUGGGCACGCAAUGUACAAAAAGUAAAAAGAGCUAAAUGUGAAUGCUAUAAAUCAGUGUCAACGGGAAAACUGGUGGAAGCAAGAAAACAGGGCAAUGACUGUAAAUAUAACAUUGAAAAUACCCCCGAAAAUGUAAAAUACAAACCAAAGGCCAAGUUUGCGAAGAAACUGUUAGUCUGGAUUGCAUUAUCGGAAAAUGGUUUGUCCAGGCCUUAUGUAGGACAUGUUAGAGGCCCUGCAGUGGAUCAAAAUACUUACAUUCAAAAUUGUCUUCCCAAAUUGGUAAAUUUUAUUAAAGAACAUCAUGCCAACGACAAUAUCAUGUUUUGUCCGGACUUGGCGUCGGCUCAUUAUGCUAGAGCCACAUGCGAAUGGUUAGAAGCUCAAAAUGUGCCAUUUGUGCCUAAGCAGGACAACCCUCCGAACGUUCCCCAAGCAAGACCAAUAGGCAAGAUUAUCAAGCAAAGUUUAUGA